CAAAAACUCACAUCAUCUUUACUUCUUUCGCCGUUGUGAAAAAAAAUGAAGCAGACCAUCGCUCUUGGAGCGAUCUCUUUCUUUAUGCUGUGUGUCAAUGCGGCCAAUGUCACCUUCAAGGUCAUUGCCCCCGGUAGCAAGACUGUUCAAGUAUCCGUCAAUGGUGUCACCACCAAUUUGAAGGCCACUGACCCUGACGUGCCUUACUUUGUCGGUGAAGCCGACUUGAGUGGAGACGCCAAGUAUAAGUAUGUCGCCGACGGUAAAUCGGAAUCUUUUGAUCGUGCUUUGGAUCAAGGCCGUAGCAGCACUCGCAACGACUUCUUUGGUCGCGAAGUGACUUACGCCAAUAUUCCGGAUUUGCCUCACCCGAUCCCUGACCACCCAUGGACUCGCGAAGGAAAUGAAGAUGCCCCUAUGUGGGAUUCCAACUACAUCCCUUCGAUUUUCAUCACUGGUGAUUCAUCUGAUAUGGAACAUUUGGUCAAGAACGUCUCCAAGAAGAAGUACCCUGCCAAGUUCACCUUUAUUGGUCCCGAUCAGGUUCACGUUUUCGAGAACAUUUCCUUCGGUCUUCACAAGCCUGGAAAGAAGAAGAACAAUUCCAAGCAGACCUGGGUCUGGCAAUUGAACGGCGACGACCAUUUGUACAAUCGCAACUGGUUCAAGAUCCGUCAUAUGGAAGAAGAUCCUACUCAAAUGCGUGAAAAGCUUUAUGCCGAUAUUUUGCACUCCCUCGGUACCUAUGCCAACCGUGCCAACAUGGUCCGUUUCUUCAUCAACGGUGAAGGCUUCGGUACUUUCAAUAUGCUCGAUGAUGUGAUCAUGUAUUCUUACAUCAACGCCAUGUUCUACGACGGUAAACCCCCCAAGCAAAUGGGUGCUCUUUAUGACGGUUCUACGGGUGCCGACUUCCAGUACUGGACUUCGGAUGAUGAUAACUACUGGUCCUUCAUCCCAGCUGAGGGUAGCCCCAAGGAUCCCUCCGGCUUGGUCCCUCUUACCAAAGCGUUCAACCAAACCAAUACCAAGGAUGACGCUCAGAUUCAAAAGUUUUCCGAAAUGUUCGAUGUUGACCAGUUCCUUCGCUUCAUGGUGGUGGAAUACCUCACAGCUGACUGGGAUGGCUACUGGUACAUGCAGACCAACGACGGUGCUUACCAAGAUCCCAACGAUAACAAGUGGUACUACCUCGGCCAAGAUUUCGAUGCCACCUUUGGUGUCAACCUUCCUGAUGGCAGAGACUAUGUGAAGAAGUCCUACAAGGAAUUCCCCAAGAUGUAUCCUGGUGCUGUCUUGAUUAACCGCUUGCUUGAAAACCAGAAGCUCCAAAACAAUUUCGAGACGUACCUCAAGAACACUGUUGAAAUCUUGUUCAACAACGUCACUUUGACUAACCGCAUCCUCAAGUAUCACAACUUCAUUGCUCCUGAUCUUAAGUGGGAUCGUUCCAUUAAGCAGCAAUCUCCCGGUAUCGACUUCGGCUGGACUUACGAUCAAACCUCUGAAAACCUGUGGCACGGUGUCGCCUCCCCCAAGGGUACCGGUGGCGGUGCUGGCUGGGGUUUGGUCGAAUGGAUCAUUGCCAAAUCCGACGCUGUUGCCAAGGAGUUCCACUUGAAGAUCGUCGACAAGCCCGUCAUCCCUGCCAAGAAUGAAACCAACAAGCAGGACAAUAAUACCAGCAGUGCUUCUCAGACUGUUUCGGCCGCUGGCGUCGCUACUCCUGCUGCUUCCGGCUCGGCUCACGUUGGAAAGAACCAAGCUGACACUUCUGCUGACGCUAACACUGCUACUCCCUCCAACAGUAUGGCCGCUGGUCUUGCUCUUCCUCAACUGUUGUCCACAGUUGCUAUCGUUGCCGCUUCUUUCGGCAUUAGCUCCUUGUUCUAAACUUUUUUAGAAUAUUCCAUACUCUUUUUGUUUUUUUUUUUUUUCCUUGUAAUAAUUCCUGUACGGUAAAAUCAAUUUAUUGACUCGACCCUAUUCGUAAUCCAUCUAUCAUUUGCCCUUGUGCAUUAUCCUUAUCUUUUUUUUUCUGUGUGAGAAUAAAUCAACGUGAAUAGUUUAUUUCAAAGAU